GUCCUUAAACAUGCCUGCCUUCCGUUCAUUUAUUUAGGGCAUAAGAGUGAUCAUCAGAGCAAAUCGUUUUGGGGAUUGACACCGCUUUGACAAUACGAGGAAUGAGACAUUUUUGUAGGGGAAGGCCAGGUUAUGCUUCGACGGCUCUUUAAGUCUAUAAAUGUAAGAGAGUAGUGUAACGAAGGACCACUACUGAAACAUGGCGUCUUGCGUUCCAGACACGAUGGAGUGCAGCAAGCAUGCAGGGGAACAAAUACAGCGAAUGUGUGCCAACUGCAAUGUAUAUGUGUGUCUCGAAUGUGUUUCUCAAAGCCACGCAGGACACGUGUUUAAAAAAUUUCGCGAUAUCAUGGAAGAAAAGAAAAAAGAGUUAGAACACAUUGUGAAGCUGACUAAAAAAGAGACCAUAGAAGAUCUUGAGAAAAAAGCAGAGAGAACCCUAAAACAAAAGGAAUCGUUCUGUGAAGAAACUCAGAUCAGGAUAGAUCUUGUCGAGAAAAGGGCCAAAGCUCUGAAAGCUGCAGUAGAUGCUGCCAAGGACGGGUACUUAACAGAUCUGAAGAAAACGAUGGACGACCACGUGAAGGAAUACGACGAUGCCGUGGAGAAAUUGAAAGCCGCGAUAAGGUCAGUCAGGUGUCUGGUGGAGGGGUAUGACCUUGUUCUAAACUCUGAAAACCAAAGCUCGGUCAUUGAUUGCUCUCGUAAUGCAGAACAUGAGAUAGAGAAGGCCAUCCCAACCGUAUCCAUACCAAACUACAGACAUCACAACUUCGUUUUUCCUGAUAUUGGCAACGAGAUCAAGAAAGUAUUCGCACAAAUUGAAGACGAGGAUUCUUUGGGAUCAGACUAUGUGGAGUGUGGUGGGAGCAGCGAAGACAGCGAUCCGUAUGACAUGAAAUUCACUACUACCCUGACCAGGCAGCGCAGGUCGCCAAUCCGAGUCAAGAGAUGUAAAGAGCGAGCACAGAACAGGAAAACGAACCGAAUCUUCCUGAGUGCAGACAUUCGAACACCCGCCAGAAUGAAAGUAGGAAGUGACGACCAAAAUGUUUCGUCCAUAUUUGCGAUAAGUUCAGGUGAGGCUUGGAUGAAUAUUACUGGUGGAAAACAUUCUUGUGAAGUACAGAGAAUCCAAAAACAUGGACAGAUUUGUGAUAGGAUUACCAGGGAGGCGGAACACUUUUCUCUGGGGCAAAAAGACAAUUUUUAUACAACAGAGAAAAAUGGAUCUCAGAUAUUUGAAUACAACCUUCGUGAUAAAACAUUUAGCACGACUGCAAACCUGGCCCCUUACAUUGUAAAGGGAAUUAAAGUCAUGGCGUCCGGUAACCUUGCAGUCUGCGUCCUUGACAAAGACAAUUUCACGGUGUCCAAACAGUCGAAGCGGACAAUACGUAUUUUGAAUCCGAUGGGAACGUUCAUUGAAGACAUUGAAUUUGUUGGAAAUACCAACAACAAACUAUUUGUUCAC